AGAGAGAGAAAGAACGGGACACUUUUUUUUUUCACUUAUGAAUCCCCUAAUCUGUUCGAAACCUCUCAUCUCCUUCUCUCUCUCUCUCUAUUCGAAAGAUUCAUAAGCUGAAAUAUAGGAUCUUGCAACAGCUGUCUCCUUGAGGUGGAGGAGGAGACGACCAUGAGCAGAGAUCACCAUCCCCCGGAGCCACUUGAUUUCUUCAUCUGGACUGUGGAGGAUGUUGGAUCAUGGCUUGAGGAGAUAAACCUUGGCAACUACCGUCAGAUGUUCAAAGAAAAUGGUAUCAACGGAGAAUGUCUAGAAAGAAUGUCCGUGUUCACAACCGAACAGAUCCUUCACUUCAUAAGGAGGCAUCACAUGAAAUGGGGUGACUUCAUCACCCUCUGUCAAGAACUCAGAAGGAUUAAAGUGGCUUGCUUGAAAGGUGAGCAGAGAGUUCGACGGCCUUGGUGGGCACUGUCAUGUCUCUCAGUAAUCUUUGUUAAGGCGGCUAAGCGCAACCGACAGUCUCGAGUUGUAUCUCUCAAGCUUGAAUCUUGACAUUUGUUUACCUUCUCUUCCCUUCUUUUUUUUUUGGUUUCGGUUGUUUGCGGAGUUAAAAGCCUCAUAUGCACUAGGAAGAAAGCCAAAAUGGUGUUUGGAUUUGGUAAAAUCUGGCAAAGGGAGAAAGAAAAUUAUGUUUUGGUACUUUGAUGUAUACAUGAAAUGCUAAUUUUUUUUAGAUUUAUUAUUAUAUUGGCUUCUC